UAAAGUCCAACAAGAAUGAGAACACCCCUACUUUUGGAGAUUGGUUUAGUCCAGUGCAACAGAAUAUGUGAACCUCCACUGUCCCUCAGAAUCAACCCUUCAGCUGACAACAUGGCGAGUGUUCGCGCUGCGUCCCGUCUCCUCUCCAAGAGGAUACUAUCUAAAACAAAAGCCGUCCCUGCAGCUGCAGUCCAGGGAUCCAGAAACUUUCACUUCUCCAUCUAUGGCAAGAAGAAAAGUGCAAGUGUAUCAGAAGAUAUCUCCACCCAGUAUCCAGUUGUAGACCAUGAGUUUGACGCUGUGGUGGUAGGAGCAGGAGGUGCCGGACUCAGGGCUGCAUUCGGCCUGUCAGAGGCUGGAUUCAACACCGCCUGCAUCACAAAGCUCUUCCCCACCAGAUCUCACACAGUUGCUGCACAGGGAGGAAUAAAUGCAGCUCUUGGGAACAUGGAGGAGGAUGACUGGAGGUGGCAUUUCUAUGACACAGUUAAGGGAUCUGAUUGGCUGGGAGACCAGGACGCCAUCCACUACAUGACAGAACAGGCACCUGCAGCUGUUGUAGAGCUGGAGAACUUCGGCAUGCCGUUCAGCCGUACUGAAGAUGGGAAGAUUUACCAGAGGGCCUUUGGAGGUCAGAGUCUCAAGUAUGGAAAAGGAGGCCAGGCUCAUCGCUGCUGCUGUGUAGCAGACAGGACAGGACACUCAUUGCUGCAUACUCUUUAUGGAAGGUCACUUCGUUAUGACACCAGCUACUUUGUGGAGUACUUUGCCCUGGACCUGCUAAUGGAGGAUGGAGAGUGUAAAGGAGUGAUUGCUCUGUGUAUGGAGGACGGAUCUAUUCACCGCUUCAGAGCCCAGAACACCGUUAUUGCUACCGGGGGUUAUGGAAGAGCCUAUUUCAGCUGCACGUCUGCCCACACCAGUACAGGAGAUGGAAAUGCGAUGGUGACUAGAGCUGGCCUGCCCUGCCAAGAUUUGGAGUUUGUACAGUUUCAUCCCACUGGUAUCUAUGGAGCUGGUUGUCUGAUCACAGAGGGUUGCCGUGGUGAGGGAGGCAUCCUCAUAAACAGUGAGGGAGAGCGUUUUAUGGAGCGCUAUGCACCCAACGCCAAAGACCUGGCCUCCAGAGACGUGGUGUCCCGCUCCAUGACCAUAGAGAUCAGAGAGGGCAGAGGUGUAGGACCAGAGAAGGACCAUGUAUACCUACAGCUCCAUCACCUGCCUCCCCAGCAGCUUGCCACAAGGCUGCCGGGUAUCUCCGAGACAGCCAUGAUCUUUGCUGGAGUCGACGUCACUAAAGAGCCCAUCCCUGUCCUGCCCACCGUCCAUUAUAACAUGGGGGGAGUACCCACAAACUACAAGGGACAGGUGAUCACUCACACCAAUGGAGAGGACAAGGUGGUUCGUGGACUGUACGCCUGCGGUGAGGCAGCAUGUGCCAGUGUGCAUGGUGCUAACAGACUGGGCGCUAACUCUCUGCUGGAUCUUGUGGUGUUUGGCAGAGCCUGUGCUCUUACCAUCGCAGAGGAACACAAACCUGGCGAGACUCUGUCCCCUCUAAAGCCCAAUGCAGGUGAGGAGUCUGUGGCCAACCUGGACAAGCUGAGGUUUGCUAAUGGAAGCCUGAGAACCUCUGAGAUCAGGCUCAACAUGCAGAAGACCAUGCAGGCUCAUGCUGCCGUCUUCCGUACUGGCUCUGUUCUUAAAGAGGGAUGCGACAAGAUGGACGCCAUUUACCAGACCCUGGAUGAAAUCAAGACCUUUGACAGAGGUAUCGUGUGGAACACAGACCUGGUGGAGACGCUAGAGCUGCAGAACCUGAUGCUGAACGCCGUCCAGACCAUCCACUCUGCUGAGCAGAGGAAGGAGAGCAGAGGAGCCCAUGCCAGAGAGGACUUCAAGGAUCGUGUGGAUGAGUACGACUACUCAAAGCCCCUGCAGGGUCAAGAGAAGAAGCCCUACGAUCAGCACUGGAGGAAGCACACCUUGUCCUAUGUUGACCCCAAAACUGGAAAGGUGACCCUGGAGUAUCGCCCUGUCAUCGAUAGCUCCCUCGACGAGCAGGACUGUGCUCACGUCCCUCCUGCCAUUCGGUCGUACUAAGAAGAGAAAGAUGAGACCUCUUCCACCUUCCCUCCCAUCACAUCGGCGUUUUUCACUAUUUAUGAAGCUUUCGUUCAUAUAUUUGAAAUGACAUUUUGGGACAAAUUAUGCUUAUGGUUGCACAUGUGUAUCCAUUUAGUGUAGUUAAACAUGAAACUGUCUUGUCUGUGCCCCUCCGUUCUUCUCUGUCAUGUGUGUUUUGCCUUUUUUUAAAAUCAGUUCACAGCAGAUGCAUUUCAAACACGGUUAUUGUUCCCUCUUACUCAGUGUUUUUGUAUAUAUCACAAUGCACACAAGACAAGCGUAAGCUCUGGCUAAAGAACGAAAAACAGUAGAGCAGUAAACAUGUAACACCACACUUGCCAUGUGAUGAUGGCUUAGCGUCAUUUUCCUUGUCUUGCAUGGCAUUAAUCACUUCUGUGGCUUUCUGAAGUGAAGUUUGUGGAGGAGAUUGUAAUUUGAAACGCACAUGUUUUCAUUGUGACAGAGAGGUUAUAAGUAUGUAAAUAUUGCAGAGAUGUUAAAUAAACCUGAUGAGUUAUACUGUA